GUCAUACGACCUAUGACAUACUCGCGAUAUCCAGCGAGAGAUCAUGCGUUCCGCGUGCACGUAGUUUUGACGCGCUUUUGUUCGCCGAUCAUCGGUCGAUUAUUUGACGGGAGAGCAGAUUCUCACGGUGCUUCCUUUCCCAAAAACCUGAGGCAUAUAUCACAGAGGGACGGCGAUUUACGUCGUGAUUACGUGCGAAGGGGCCAAAGCUCGCUCUGCUGCGCCUUCGACGGAAAAAAAUUUAAAGGAUGAGCAGAACAAGAGAACAGGCAGGCCCAUCCAAGCCAUCUGGCUCGGCGGGUUCUGCUGAGGAGAAAGAGAAAGAUGACAGGAUGUUUGAAUGCAAUAUUUGUCUGGAUACAGCAAAGGAUGCUGUAGUUAGUAUGUGUGGUCAUUUGUUUUGUUGGCCAUGCUUACAUCAGUGGUUAGAGACCAGACCCACUAGGCAAGUCUGCCCAGUCUGUAAAGCUGCCAUAAGCAAAGAAAAAGUCAUUCCACUGUACGGGCGUGGUGCUACAAAACACGAGGAUCCAAGGAAUAACGUACCACCACGACCAGCUGGUCAAAGAUCAGAACCAGAAUCUAACGUUGGGUUUCCGGGCUUCGGUUUCGGCGAUGGUUCCUACAUGUCAUUCGGCAUAGGCACUUUUCCAUUUACUUUCUUCACAUCGACUUUUAGUAUCGGAGAAACGAGACCAACCGCAGCUCCCAGAGGCACGCCACAGUUCGAGGAAGAGCAGUUCUUGUCUAAGGUAUUUUUGUGGUUGGCGGUUGUAUUCAUCUGCUGGCUGUUGAUGGCAUAACAGUUCUUUUAUUCUAAAGCCAGACACAUAUGUACAUCUCUCCACCACAACUUGUAAUACUUUUCGAUCCUACUUGUAAACGUUUUUUUGUUGUUGUUCCAUGAUUGUGCAACAAUCUCUGUAUUGGUCUCUUGUCUGGUUUCUUGCAAAAAUUAUCUUUACAAGGAAAAUACACGUCUCGUUAGUCGCGUGCGUGUUCCCGAAGGUGUACAAAUGAAAAUAAUUGUUUCUUCCUAUUUUUGCUUCUUGAAAAACGGGUGAAUUUCUCGUGAAAACGAUUUUACACA